AUGGGGACUGUGAACGCGUGCGUCAAAAGAGGCUUCAUCACCGUGGAGAGCAUCAUCGCGAUUCUCAGCGGCUUGCUUUUGGCCAUUACUUUGUUCAGUCAUGGAAACUUCCACGAGGAUGAAGAGAUUGAGAAAAUCCUGCCAGGUCUUCAAGUUAUGUACGCAACUUCUAUCAUAACCAUUCUCCUCGUCACCACUGGGUUGUAUGGUGUCUGCAAACGUAAAAAGUUUAUGUUAAUUUUUUACAUCGUGGGAAUGACCCUGUCCUGCAUGGCACUGAGUGUAGUAGACAUUCAAGGAGUAGCUGUGAGAGGCGAGUUAAUCGAGGACAUUAAGCAUCAUUACUCGAGUGUUAUACCGUUCUCUAACGCCAGUAAAGAGGACAUAGAGGGAGUCAAUGAGUUACAGACAGAACUGCAGUGCUGUGGCUUGUUCCAGGGUUAUCAGGACUGGGGAUAUAACAUCUCUGAGAGCUGCCUCUGUGUAGAAGAUGCAGUCCACCCAUGUGUGGCAGCUCCAAGAAACAGCAGUUUGUUUGAAACCACAAAAACAGAUGGCCCUAUCAUGAUUUAUAAAGAGCCUUGUAUCAGCUACCUGGCAGAACACGCCCUGUUUGCUCUAGAUGUGCUGUUGGGAAUAAUACUGGGUACAAUAUUAUUGUGGGUCUCGUCGGUGGUGUUAUGUGUGGUCAUUCUGUGUCAGAUGAACCGAAAGCAGGACACCCCCGUGGUGGUCUACAGCCCUGAAGCCAAAGCAGGAAACUACGCAGUUCUGUUAGAUGAAGCGGCGCUCACAUGA